UCUUUUCUUUUCUUUUCCACAAAAUCCAUCCGACCUUUGUUGUCUUCCUCAGCAGUAACUCAAGGGAUCUUUAAUCUCAGUCUUUUAUUAGUUUUCUGAUCCUUUAACUGGCCUUCACGAGUGGUCAAAGUAUCGGUCUCUAGCCCUAAUUUCACCUCUCUGGCCUCCGAUUAUUUUUCACUCAAUCAUUGUUCCUCCGUGGAGCAUGUGGAGGCGCGUCCUGUAACGCAAAGCGCAAGCGCGUUUCAAUUGCCACGGGCCAGUGACGCACGGACGCACAGCUGCCCCGAGGCACCGCGAGUGCGUUAGCGGCACACUGUGUGCCAAGUGUCCCACCCGACACAGUCUGCUGCGGGACAUGGGGCAAACACUGCGAACGAGCGCACACCGGGCUCGACUCUACCAAGGAAGGCGGUGGAAGAUGGCAUUAUCCACACCGAACGUCUUUGCAGUGCACUGAUGCCGUCAGAAAAGAAAGGAAAACAGGCAUGCAGCCAAAGCUGAGUCUCUCCAAAACUGCUUAGCCCAACAGUCCCACUUACUCCUUCAUGUUCUGGCAUCCAUCAUGGUGUAUGGGCAGGUCCUGCACCGCCAAGGCCCAGAGGAGAGCUUCAUCAACCUCAACGUCGGUGGCUUUAAGCAGCAAGUGGAACGAGUGGUCCUGCAACGCUUCCCCCACACGCGACUGGCCCAACUUCUCUCCUGUAGCUCAGAGGCUGCUAUUCUCCAGCUUUGCGACGACUAUGCAGCAGCCGAACGCGAGUAUUAUUUUGACCGAAAUCCACAUUUUUUUCGCUACGUGCUCAAUUUCUAUCAUACCGGAAAGAUCCACCUGAUGGAAGAGUUGUGUGUGUUUAGCUUCAGCCAGGAGUUGGAAUACUGGGGCAUCAAGGAGCUUCACCUGGACGCUUGCUGCAGUGACAGAUUUCAAGAACAGAAAGAGUAUGCAGGAGAUCACGACUGGGGAAAUGAUGAUGACCUGCAGAACCAGCUGCAGGACAGCUUAGAUUCAUCUAUGGAGGAACUGUCGGCAUUUGACAAAGACCUGGAAAAGUUUGAGGGCACCUGGUGCUCCGAGAAGCGUAAGGAACUCUGGCUGCGACUGGAAAACCCGGGAUAUUCGUGCUCAGCAAAAAUAAUGGCGGUGUUUUCACUGAGUGUUGUACUGAUGAGUAUUAUAGCCAUGUGCGUUCAUAGCAUGCCUGAGUUCCACCAGGUGGACAUUAAUGACAAAGAAGUGGAGAACCCGGUGUUGGCUUUCUUCGAGAUCUUUUGCGUCCUCUGGUUUUCUCUCGAGUUCAUCCUACGAUUAGCUGUCACACCAUGUUUGCGCAAAUUCCUAAGCAAUGUGCUAAACAUAAUUGAUUUCGCCUCUAUUAUUCCAUUUUACGCCACGUUGGCGUUCGAAACCAUGGAUGCUGAGGAAAGCGAGGAGCUUGUGAACGUGGGAAGGGUAGUGCAAAUCCUGCGCCUCAUGCGUAUCUUUCGCAUCCUCAAACUGGCACGGCAUUCGGUCGGGCUGCGUUCGCUUGGGGCGACGCUCCGUCACAGCUACCAUGAGGUCGGACUCCUCAUCCUCUUCCUUUCCGUGGGAAUCUCCAUUUUCUCAGUGCUCAUCUAUUUUGUGGAGAGGGAGGACGAUGAGUCAGAACUGCAGACCAUACCGGUGGGCUGGUGGUGGGCGACGAUCAGCAUGACCACGGUGGGAUACGGUGACACAUAUCCAAUCACGUUGGCUGGGAAACUUAUCGGCACCUUGUGCAUCAUUUGCGGCCUGCUUGUAGUCGCCCUUCCCAUCACUAUCAUCUUCAACAAGUUCUCCAAGUACUACCAGAGACAGAAAGCCCUGGUGGAGUCUGACCAGCUCCAUCCAGAGGACGAAAAACUGCCAAAUCUCAGCAUGCCUUUUCUUUACAUAGGAGACCUCUACGGACAAAAGAUGACUUCUCUGGUGCGCAGCAUGUCCUCAAAGAGUAGCUCAGGAAGUGAGGGAGACGUCACUGAUGCUUCCAGCAUUCAGAAUGUUGAAAUGGUCUGCCCUACUGGGAUGCCACAGGCUGACAAAGCAACAUAAAUCAGGGUUCCUCAAAUCUGGUCUUGGAGGGCCACUGCUUUGCAGAGUCUAAACUAUGCAGGUCAUUGGCCCUCCAGAUCAAAAUUUGAGGGACCCUGAAAUAAAUGUUUAUAUGCACAACCUCAAAUAAAUAGGGACGAGAAGAAACAAAAAUAAACUUCCUUGCUUAGAUCUGCAGCACAUGUUGAGGAAACACUUCAGGACCCUAAGACUCAAGGCUCUUGUUUCUUACUGAGCUACUCCUGGACCUUCAAACAAAAGCACUUUUUCUCUUUAGUUCUCUGGGCGAAAAUAUCCCAAGCUUUCCAUUAUUUCUGGAUCAGAACUUGUUAUGGAAACUAACCUAUACAACAGGCUAGCAGUAACAUUGAUGCUCUAUACCCAAUUAACAGCACUGAUUGACAGGUGUUUUUUUUAUUCUUCAGACAAGCUGUUCAUUUAAUUACAAGUCUUUCUGCAGUGCCUGUGGGAAAAGAACUAUGCUUAAAUGUUUUAUAGGCAAUGACAGCAUCUAAAAUGCUGGACUUCAGAUGGCAUGUUGGUGUACACCAUCCUUCCUAAUGUGUCCAUCAGACAGGGAAGGACGGAAAGAGUGCAUGCAUAUUUCAACAAGAGAGAGGAGAGGCCACAAGAGAAAGGAGAGAAGAAAGCAGGAAAGAGAUGUUACAGUGGAAUAAAGUGUUGAUGUACAGUAGAUUUAAGUCUCUGCUCUUUGUUCUGAAAUCACUGCAUGGGUCUGUAGAGAGAUGAAGGGUCUUAAAAGAAAUGGUUCACCCCAAAAUGAAAAUUAUGUUAUUGUCAACAAAACCUCAUGUCAUUUGAAACUUAUACAGCCUGUUAUUUUGAUGUGAAGCACAAAAGAUACAGCUCUUUUCAGUAUAGUGCAGUUUAUAGUGACCACUAUAAAAAUGCCUGGCUCCAUAAGGUGCCUAAACACAAGUAAAUAAACAACGUGUGAGUAGUUCAUACGAGUUGUCCGCUAUUCUCUAAACCUUCUGAAGCUGUACAAUGUCAGCAAACUAAAAUUUUUUUUAUUAUUUUUUGAAAGUGGAGUAUUAAUAUGAUAACCAUAAUUGACGUCAGUAAGUUGAAUCCCGAUUUGUGAAAGAAUCAGCAUGAUUUGUAUAGUUCAGUGGAAAGAACUGACUCAAAGUAACUUCAGUUCAGUUCACUGACUGAAAAGACCUGCCUGAAUUUUUUUUCAAAAUAUCUUUUUUUUUUGUUCCACAGAAGAAUGAAAGUCAUGCGGCCUUGGAAUGACAUGAGUAAAAGUAAGUAAAAGAUCAUUUUUUAAACUGAACUUUGGCUUAAAUCUUUUAAAUUUUAAUCUUGUUAAUCAAGUGUUUCUUUACAGUGAGUUUGUCCCACCUUCUCAUAUGUCUCAUGAGUAAUGCCUUAUGCGUGUAUUAUCAAUAAUUCCUUAUUAAGCAUCAGGUUCAGCUAUCCUCUGUCCUCUGCAUGGAGGCAACACAUUCUCUCUCCAUCUUGCUGUCUCUCUCAUUUUUUUGGAGUGGCUUAUGUCAGUAGGCUGUAUUAGCAGCAGGAAGACAGGUCCAAAUGUUAGAGCUGUCUGCCACAGGGGAUGUAUUACUGCUGAAACGGCAUCUGUUUGGCAAGUGGCUUUAACUUGGAUAGAUCGGUCUCUGUUUGAGACGUGCCCAUUGAUCAAUAUGUCACACUUGUGUGCUCAAGUGUUUUAAGUGCAGACCUGAAUGUCUCAUGAGUUACACGAAUGGUGCAACCGACCCUUUUCAGAUUCAGCAAAUUCAGAGAUUUGCUCAAGUUUCAAGGUGAACGUGACUGGAAAUGGAAAAAUGUCCUUCAUUACACUCUCAUACACACUCUUAUAUUUAUACUGGGGCUUUGCAGUAUCUUUAGUGAUUUUGCAGUUAGAGUGCUUGAAAAAUACAGAGAGAAAUGUGUUUUUUGUUUGUUAGUAUAAAGGAAAAGGUUUCAAGAAAUAUUUUCCUUUUAGAGAUUGAUUACAUGCCAUGUACUGUGGCAGGGUGACUUCUCUCCCUCCUCCAGGCCAGAAACAUGAGGCCACCGCAAAGAGUCACAUUUCUUGUUCAAACCAUUGGUUUGGACAACUCACACAAACCUGAGCAUGUUGUUUGCAAAAAUAUAUACGCAAUCACAGCACUGUUCCUCUUACGUUAUCCUUGUUCUGUUCUGUUACAAUAUGAGCUGGUGGUUUAGGAUGUGGGUUUUCACCCAUGGGAAAGCAAAACCCACAAACCAGCGAGUUCCCACAUCUCUAUGAAUAUGGCACUUAAGCCUGAAGUACUUCAGAAGUGAGCUGUGCAAUUGCUGCAUCACUACUGGCACCAAACACAAUUGCAAAAACAAAUUCUCAAGACUCCCCAUUUUCUGUUAUUUGGAGAAAGAUAUUUGGUUUUUGUCUUGUGCCAGAAAUACAC